UUCAAAUUUUCGCACACGUGUAGUGAAAUCACGAAGAACCUUAGUGCAUUAAAAUGUGCUUGUUGCGUAACAGCUUGUUAAUCGGAUGAUACUGUUCAUGCCAAUACUAUGGCUCCACGCAGGACAAGGACUAAUCGCAAAGUGGAUCACUGCACGUACGUACAGCGAUUAUUUCAGGAUUUUCUGUCUCGAAAUCGCCCGGAAGCAGCAACGAUUCCGGAAGUAAGAGCUAAACCUAUUCAACCACCGUUGCAGCACUUCUAUGUUGACGGUACUGAUACGGGAGAGAGUUUGUACAUGCAAACUGUCCGGCGGAAUCUUCGUCGAGCCCAGGGUAUUCCGGAGCCGCCUAACUCGGUGAAAAAAUUCUUCGAAAAAUCUAUUCCCCGCGAGAUUCCACUGAACAAUAGGGACCGGUCGAAUCAUCCAGUUUAUGCCAGGUUUAAACGACGAGAUGGUACGAAUCAAUUUUUGAAGCGUGAACCUAGUCCAAGUGCUCCCCCAGGAGGUCUCAUGCUGUGGCUAGAAAAGGUAAAAUUAGCGCAAGCAAGGAACAAAGCUGUGGCCAAGCGAAAGGACGAUGAGUACAUAAAUUUGCCGAGUGAUUUCUUUUCCGGAAGAGAAUCUAUGAAGCUACCAUUUGAAGUUAACUGCGACAAAACACUUGCCAGCGUCGGAUCUAUUUUCGUACCGCCAGCUGCUUCUACUCCCUUUGAAGAACGCCUAUUUCCUUGUUCACCGAUUGUUACCGAUCCGGAUGAGUUGAUCCAGGAAACAAAGGAAUUACGACCAACGAUUAAAUAUGAAGAAUUUUUGCGAAAAAUUUCAUCAGUUAUGGAAAAUAUCAAUGCUGCAACAUGCCGAGUAUUGAAGCGUGCGAUUGAAGAUACCCCAUUGGAUCAAAAUUACCACGAGCUAAAGAGGAUGUUAGUGAAGCACCGAGUGGUGCAGCAAGAGUCACUGCCGGCUAGUUUUGCAGAGCGUGACAGCUGGAGGGAUCACUCACUAAUUAGCAACAAAGCUCAUUACCAGUGCCGAAAACGUGGGCCGUCUCCUUCGCUGUUCAGCAACACUAACCAAGAGUUCAGUGCAGUCGACUGCGAUGAUACGAAUUCGACUAUGAAUGAGGUGCAGCUAGGGCGUCAUUCGUUGAGGCCUGCCACAUUGCAUUCCACAAUGGAUUCUUUUCAAGAGGAAAUUUUCGGUCCAACAGGGACGGCUAAAAAGAUGCGAUCAAACUGGCUGCUGACUGCUUCUCCGCCAUCACCACCUAACAUAGGAUUGCGCAGCCCAAAGGAAGCACUUCCAGUCGGAUUAACAAGUCACCAGAAUGACGAAACAUUUGAUUUCGAUUUUAGCCAACCUGAUGCUGAGCUAGGAUUCAGUGCUACUCAUUCUUUCUCUUUCCCAACACAAAAAUCAACUGGCAGUCCUCACUUGGAUUUAUCAGAUUUCCUCACGCAGAAAAGUGAAUCCACAAACUACUUCACGCAGGAAACAAUUGCAAGCGAUUUUACAUUCCUCACACAGAAAACGGCCACAAACGAUAACUUUGACUUUUUAUCGCCAACUAACAACCAGGUAUUUUCCUUCGAAGAAUUUUUUCGUACUCCCCGGCCACUACUUGAUACUAAACAGAACGAAUCAACGAGCUUUCUAGAUUUUACUUUCUAAAUGAAUGAACCGCAUAGCAAUACAA